UUUAACCUACGCGGCGUACUACACUUACAUGAAAUGUUUUGGUUAGCCCAGUGUGUGAAAUGAUAUAAAAUGGUUAACACAAACAUGUCACAAGAAAAAUCACGAUUCACGUACCUAAUUUAAUUUGUGCUCUUAAGCGAUGCACUAUCAUGAGUGCCGAAUCUUCUCAACAUUCUUCUGUGACUUCAGGCAAGUAAUCAGAUCAACAAUAAAAUAUGUAGAGCAUAAAACUGGACAAGUGGAAAGCUUACUUCAUAACGGUGAUUUGUUUGUUUCAGAAUUGUACUUUUUGAUAGCCAAAUUUUUGGCUGCUGGUCCUUGCAAGAAAACUGCUGAAGUUCUGAGACGUGAACUAGAACAUGCAAAGGUUUUGUCCAAAAGGCUUGAUUGGCAAGGAAAUGAGCACGAUCAAACAUUUGAAGAGCUGGAACGCAAGUAUCCACACAUCAGUCCUAAUUAUUUGCUGGAAAUUUGUCGCCGCAUCGGGCCGAUCCUCGACAGAGACAUCAAGCCGAGCAUCCAAGGAGUGGAAUCGCUGCUCGGGGCCGGACGCCAGUCCCUCCUCCGCACUGCUCAAGAUUGCCAGCCGCAAUGUUGGAGCAUUGUGCAGUAUGCCAUAAGGCGGCAACAGUGUCCACUCGUCGAACCUGUGGGCUUCAACAAGCCACACAACAUAGUGCGCGUUCUGCAAGGCCGGGAGACUUCAGGGCCCCUCGUGAGGCGACAGGCCAUCUCCCCGAAGCUGUACAGUCGGCAGCAGCUGCUGUGUCGCACCGUGGGACACUUGUCUGCUGUGUACUGCCUUCUGUACGACCGCACCGGACGCUACAUCAUAACGGGUGCAGACGAUCUCCUUGUCAAAAUAUGGAGUGCAAUAGAUGGUCGUCUACUAGUAACGCUGCGCGGUGCUUCUGCAGAAAUAACGGACAUAGACAUCAACGUGGAAAACACCCUGCUUGCAGCGGGCAGCUUGGACAAGAUCUUGCGAGUGUGGAACUUGCAAACUGCCUCUCCAGUAGCAGUACUUGUGGCCCACACCGGCAUGAUAACUGGUGUGAAGUUCUGCCCCCUCGUGACCGACCCUGUCCUGUACCUGGUCACGACCAGCACCGAUGGCUCGGUGGCCUUCUGGAGCUACCAGAGGAUGCCAGAUUCCACCUACAUCUUCCAGUCGAGGCCGACUCAGUACAACGAGCGCAUGCGACCUGGACAGGCUCAGAUGAUAUGUGCAGCGUUCAGUCCAGGGGGCGUCUUCCUCGCUGCUGGCAGCGCGGACCACCAUGUCAGGGUGUACUCGAUGGUGGGGGAUGACGGUCCGCACCGUAUCCUUGAGACCGAGGCUCACGGAGACCGCGUUGACAGCAUACAGUGGGCCCACCAGGGCCUGCGCUUCAUUUCUGGCAGCAAGGACGGCACUGCCAACAUAUGGCACUACGAACGCCAGCAGUGGAAGUCUCUCCAACUGCUCAUGUCCACCAAGCUACCGGGCUCAAGUGACUCGGAGGAAGACACCAAAGUGAAGCUGAAGGUGUCAAUGGUGAGCUGGGAUGCGAGUGACAAGUGGGUUACCACCGCCUCCAGCGAUCACCUCCUGAAAGUGUGGAACUCCAACACCGGUGCGUUGGUAGGGGUGCUACGUGGCCACAAGGACGAAGUGUUCGUGUUGGAGUCCCAUCCGUUCGACCCGCACGUGCUGUUGAGUGCCGGUCACGACGGACAGAUAUUCAUCUGGGACGUCAUCUCGGGAACAGCUGUGGCGUCCUUCAAGAACUUCAUAGCGGGGCAGGGCCUGGGCGCGGUGUUCGAUGCCAGGUGGUCUCCCGACGGCCAGAGCAUGGCAGCCACCGACUCCCACGGCCACAUAUUGAUGUUCGAUUUUGCGCCGAAAAAUGAGCUGAUUCGCAAGCUUCCACGGGAGAUGUUCUUCCACACAGACUACCGGCCGCUGGUCCGCGACGGCGCCCACAAUGUGGUGGACGAGCAGACUCAGACCCCGCCCCACCUGAUGCCCCCGCCGUUCCUCGUCGACGUGGACGGGAACCCCUACCCGCCCAUGCAGCAGAAGCUGGUUCCCGGCCGGGAGCGCUGCAAAGUGGAGCAGCUCAUACCCAACAUCAUGGUCGGAGCUGGCGGUCAGCAGGAAGUUAUCGAAGGACUGCCGUCGGAACAGCCACGAUCCAACAUCGACCAGAUGAUCGCAGAACUGGCUCGGACCAGAGGAGGUUCUGCUACGUCGUCUUUGAAUCCUCCUGUUCGUAUUCCGAUUCAGCUGAAUGUCUCCCCACGUCCAGCUCACCGGGUUGGCAUGCGACGUGCAGGGGACGUGGAGGGGGUUCGUCAGCUGAUUGGCGAUUGGCAACACGGAAGCUGUUUGUGGUCCAAGCGCAAUCACGUACAGCCCUUGGAUCCAGCUGUUCUCAGAUGUCUGCAGGAUAAGUUGCGUGCAAUUGGUGAUCUGGAACUGGACACAUUUCGGCGAGAGGAGAAGCGAAGGCCAGUCGUGGAAACUUGUAACGCGCCGCAAGCUGCGAGGCUCCCGACGAGGCGGCAUCGCGGCUCCCGGGUGCCACUCAGGCACAACUACCGCACACGCGCCACUCGAGGAGAGCCGGUCAUGGAUAGCGAGUUUGAGAAUCCUGAGAAUCUGGAGCUAAGUGUCAGUGGAGGCGCGUCAUCUGAGAGUGAAAGCGAGGACUACACUGCGCGGGAGGAGUACCUCAGCGGCAGCAGCUCGAGCUCUGGCUCCGAGAGCUCCGAGUAUUCGGACUGGAUUGCGGACGCCGGUGUGAACCUGGAGCCGCCCAAGCGUGUCCAUCGCAGGCCUGUCAAGAAGAAGUUUCCUAGCGACACGGAGAAGAAGCAGCCUCUCAGACAGAAGAAAAAGGUUCCACAGGCUCAGCCUUCAGUCUCAACACUGGCAGAAGUCCCAGAAGCGUACCGUCCGAGUGAGUGGUUGUCGGAAGUGAUACCACGAAAGGCUCCCUACUACCCGCAGAUGGGAGACGAGGUCAUGUACUUCCGCCAGGGUCACCAAAUGUACCUGAAUGCCGUCCGAUCGAAGAGGGUGUACGAGCUGAACCCUCGCUGUGAGCCGUGGGCGAAGAGGCGCAUCAGGGCUCACGAGCUGGUGAAGAUAAUCGGCAUCAAGUAUGAGAUCCGACCGCCCCGGCUGUGCUGCCUCAAGUUGGGGCUGAUAGACGAGGACGGCCACCUCACCGGCGACACCUUCACCAUCAAGUAUCACGACAUGGCGGACGUGCUGGACUUCCUGGUGCUGCGGCAGACCUACGACACUGCUCUCGCCAGGCGCUGGAAGAUCGGUGAUCGCUUUCGGUGCAUGAUUGAUGAUGGUUGGUGGAUGGGAUCCAUUGAGUCACACAGCGCCUUGGAGCCUGAAUUCCCAGGUUCACUAUUCAUGUGUUACGGUGUUCGUUGGGACAACGGAGAGUUUGAACGCAUGAGCCCUUGGGAUCUUGAACCUGUCAAUCAAAAUCGCCUCCCGAGGGAGGUUGGUGGGGCGGUGCCCGUUCUACCAGAAGAGAUCCAGGCAACCCUGUACCAGCCGCAGGCCGAGGAGUGGCCCCAAGGAAACAGGGACGCCACGUGUCGUCGAAUCCUUCACGGGCUGGAGCAAGUGAUGGGUCUCUCCGUGGCCGAGUCGUUCAUCGCCCCCGUCGAUAUCAACCGCUAUCCUAGCUACGCCUUUGUCGUGGAGUACCCCAUUGAUCUGUCCACCAUUAAGGGAAGAUUUGAAAACCACUUCUACCGGCGAGUGACUUCAGCACAGUUUGAUGUCCGAUACAUCGCCACGAAUGCAGAAAAGUUCAACGAGCCUGGGAGCGAAAUAGUCAAACAGGCACGCAUCGUCACUGAACUCUGCCUGAAGAUAAUGAAGGAGGUGCGGGAGCUCAACGUGCCGCUGGUGUGCCACGCGCUGCAGGAGGCGUACCGCUGGUCGGACCUGGAGUCGGAGCCGGACCCGGACCCGGACAUCAGCGCGCCCGGCCCCAGCGGGGUGAGGCGCUCCCAGCGCACCCGCCAGAGCUCCCGCAGGACCUCGCUCCGGGUGCCGGCCGUGCCCACCGACUGGAGGAGGGAGUGUCGCGACCUGCUGGAGAUGCUGUGGCUCUGCGAGGACUCCACGCCUUUCAGAGAGCCCGUGGAUGUUCUGGAGCAGCCAGACUACUAUCACGUGAUUGACACGCCCAUGGACCUGCGUACCGUCAAGGAGGAUCUGCUGGGAGGGAACUACGAGUCGCCACUUGAGUUCUGCAAGGAUGUGAGACUCAUAUUUCAGAACUCCAAAAACUACAACACCAACAAGCGUUCGAGGAUCUACUCCAUGACCGUGCGUCUUUCUGCGAUGUUUGAGGAGCACAUGAAGACAGUAAUGUCCAACUGGAAGCACACUAAACGUUGUGAGGUGUUCAGCAAACUGAAGACAAGGAAGAGAAUACCUAGGGCCUCCAAACAAAAUCCAACCAGGAUGAAUGGUGCAGGUCCUUCACGGCGCAGGCAAAGCACAAGUGACGAAAGCAAUUCACCGAGUGAGCCUGAGGUAGUUGUGAAAAAGCCACCACCUCAACGAAAGCCACCCACGCCAAAAAAAUCUGCCUCAACGGUGGUCACCAACGGCCACAUCCGGCCCGGGCCGGUGUCCAGGCCCGCCAUAAGACUGAGAAUCGCCAAAGUGCCCACGCCCGCCCCUGCGGCCGCCCCCAGCAGCAGCAGCAGUGACAGCAGCAGCAGCAGCAGCAGCAGCAGCAGCAGUGACGCAGACAGUCACUCCGACUCCACCAGCGAGCAGCAGCAGCCCUCCCCGCCACGCCCCACCAGGGGCAAGAAGCGCGUUCGUGCGUCCGACUCGGAGGACAGUUACCGGCCGGGCGUCAGCGUGGCGGCCAGGUCUCGGCCCAAGCGACGACCUCCGGCCCGCAAGGAGGUUCCCGACCACCAGCCGAGGAAGCAGCGUAGUGCGGCGCAGGCGGUGCGCUACCGGGAGGAGAGCAACGAGGAGGAGACGGCGACCGAGCCCUCGACUGUGCGCCGCACUCGCGGCCAGCGUCCCAACUACACCAUCGACAGUGACGUCAAUGGUGAGGACGCCAGUGACGACGAGAGCGAAGAAGACAAGGAGGAAGAAGAUCAAGAUCAAGAAGAAGAAGACGACGAGGAUGAAGAAGAGGAGGAAGUGAGCGUGCGGCAGACGCGAGGCAAGCCGCAGAGGAGACGGACACGCACGGUGCGGUAUUGCGAGGCGAGCGACGACAGUGAGGGAACCUCGGUGCGACGCACUCGUGGCAAAAGGACUCACUACGCGGAAGACAGCGACGACACGGAUGUGGCGGUGCCUGCCAUCAGCGUGAGCAGUCGCGGGCGAGUCAGGAAGCUGACCCCCAGAGCUCAGGCAGCACUGCUCAAAUACUGAUGGCCGACAGUAACUAUUGCGUGACUUACGAUUUAUCACUGCCGACAUUUCCUUUUGUCUUUCUUUAUAAUUACCGAGUGAGUUUUUUUUUUUUUUUUAAUGUGAUCAUGUUUGAAGACAAGCACUUAUUUAUUUGCUCUUCUUAAACUUCAAGAUGAGGCUCUUUAGGCUGUAUAUGAUAGAACUUGUUCCCAAAAUUUAUGAACUGAAUGUGGAAAUUAAUCCAGGUUGUUCUUGUUUGUAAUUAGUGCAUUGAGAGUACUAUGUAUAAAAGAUUAAACUAUUUUCCCAUGCAAAAA